AAACGCUUUCACAGCGCCUAAGAAAAAGAAGACACAUCAAAUUCUCAAUUGACGCCCAGACAUUCUUUUUUCCAGACUCUAGUACUCGUUUUUUACAGUAUCUUUUCGUUCGUUUAAAGCAUGCCUUUUCCUCGCAGGAAUACCAACAACAACAAUAACGGAGGCCUCGGUUUCUUUACGAUGGUCGCCGCCGUCACGGCCGGGUUAAAGCUCAAAGAACGCUGGGACGAUUAUAGAGCUAUCCCCGGCGAUGAAGGACGGUUAGCGUUGCACAGUCCAGUAGAUCCUGCUUAUAUGGAUGAGGAAGACAACAUCGGAUUAAACAACAGUGCUACCUCAAAUGGCUUCCUCUCUACAGAGAUACCUCAAGUAACAGCGCCUAAGAGAAAACGCAGCAAGAAGUGGUGUAUCUGCUGUGGUUUAGACUGCGGCUUGUUCUGGAAGGCCUUCGGCAUUGUCCUUCUCAUAACGAUUGUGUGGAAUGGCUUGAAAUUUGGCAAAUGGCUUGUGACCCCUUCUCCCACUGGUCUGGAAGGUUUACCUGCUUAUGGUGCCUCGUUAGGGUGCCCCUCUGCAUCCCACAUCUACAUGGGAUCCAAAACAAACUUUACUGUUCCCGUCGGCACCGAAUCCGAACAUUCUCUGGAAAUCAGCGGAAUAGCUUCUGGUACUUUGGUCGUGGCUGAAGGAGCGUCAGAUGCCACCGAAAUAGUCUACGAGUUGAUUCUCCGCAGAGAUGACAGUGAUUCUUUUGACGAUACCUCAGUUGGCUCGACCCAGGAGGGCCAAUUUGUCCUACAGACCCCGGUUUCAGGAUCCUUCUGCAUGCGGUACGAUAUGACUGUCUACAUCCCUCGCAACCUGAAGAAACUCCAGCUUGCAUCUCGCUCCACCACCCAACUCAAAUUCGCUACAGAAGGAAACGUCGUGCUCGACGACAUGUCUGUAACCCUCUAUGCUUCGAACGAUAAUCUCAACCUGCUCCUUCCCAACACAAAUAUCCAGGCUACGCGGAUGUCCCUUGAGGUCUGGCGCGGUUGGGUCGUUGGAGAUAUCUCGAUUGUCAACUCUACCACCAUUCAGACUAGGAAUGGCGAUGGUGUGACCAACGUCCAUGUACACCCGGAUCCUCAAUCGUCCGAUGUCGCUUACUUGGAAACCAUCUCCGGUGCGGGUCGUACGGACGUAUUCUACGAGAGCGAUCCUAGUCGCUUGCAUCGCGUUAUUUCAAGCACACACACGUGCGAACGGAAAGGCGACAUGUACCUCACAUACAAAGAAGCGGAAUUCAACGGCCAAAUCGAUCUCAAGUCACAAUCCUUCACUGGUCAUGGGGUCCAGGGUAUGAUUUCUGCAGCACCUGGCCGCCCGAAUAGCGAACUGCCUUGGGUUGGCAAUAAAGAUGGUGGAGAUAGCUUGAAGAUCAGGUCUCCGCAGGGAUGGGUGGGACUUUACUUCUGAACGUAUCUAGGACCUUCUGCUUCAACCACUCUCAAUUCAUGUCCGCGGGUUCUCGAGCGAUCUGUGUGUUAUAGGGCAUUUGGAAAUCAAUGACAGAAAGAAAAUCAUGGACAAGCAAAAUGAGCUGAUUUCAGCUACGUGUAAUGGGAUGACACGUUGUGGUCCUAUUUAUGAACCUAUAUCGAUGUUAUCUGUAGAUUGUAUGGUACCACUUCAGUCGAUCCAGACCUUCCCCAUUGCUUGUUCAGUGCUGAUAUGUCAGAUCUUGACAAUGCAUGAUCAUAUCUAUAAACAAAGUUGAGUUCGAUAUUUUGAAAGUUCGCGCUCGAUCAAGUCUUCUUGUAAGACGUAACGCCACCUCGAACGAACGAUAACGACACCGUCGAUCGGAAGCUAAUUGAUAUGAGCAAGACAGCCUAUCUUAUCUUGGCGCGGGUGCUUGUAUCCCUGAUAAGUCGACUUGUAUAUCACUUCAUUGCCAGGUAUAGACACUCGAAGCUGGCACGAACAGGUGUGAACACGUUCCAUCAUGCACAUUCUUUUACUUGAUGAGCGCCGCUCGGGAUUCCAGCUAUCCAUCGAUU